ACUGAGCGUAACGUUUUCUGGAGAAAUAUUCCCCCAAGAAAUUAGAGACCUGGCUGGCACAUCAGGUUCUCCAAUUUCAGUGGCAAUAAAGCUCACGGGUACUGCAAGUAUAACCACAGCUGUCGAGUGUUCGGCUUUAGCAGAAACCCUACUACCACUGAAACAGUAAAGCACUUCAAAAAAAUGCACCCCAAGCAAAACGAACUCACAAGAUUGAGAGCCUCACAAUAUAUGCUCAAGCGUUAGUAACUUUGUCGAAAGGAUCUUUACAAUGAAAAACGAACCAAUUGCAUUGACUACAAUUCAGCCCAGAGGAGUCCCAGCACCGUUUGCGAUUUGAUUGGUCUUGGUGCCGGAAAGAACAAGGACCGGCUCAAUAACUCUCGCAAGGUAUUCGCAAAGGAAAUCACAAACUACCACGACCCAUUUGACAACCAGUCGAAGUUCUACUUAGAAAGGGAUUUAAAGAGUAGUUCUCUGUUGGCUAUUUGGACUUCUGCUAUAAGCAAGAUCUGUCUUGCGUGCGCCAACUUGAAACCUCUCGACCAAAAUCGUAAAGUCCACAUAAUUGAAUUUCAUGAAAGAAGUGCUCCACACCAUUUGAACGUUUUAGUCAAUUUACUGAAGCAGUUCCCACUCGAAUACAAAAUCGCGGAUGUCACAUUAGAAAACGCUAGACGAAAGCCCGAGCUAACUGGAGAUGGUGAUAAUGAAAUGGGAGGUAUCAAAAGAAUUAGUCGCUUGAACCAUGUGCUUAGCAUAAUUAUGAACACAUUGCCGAGCGAUUUGAGAAGCAAGAUGCCGAGCUCAUUGAGGAUUAAUGAACUGAUUUCUAAGAUCAAAGAUAAUGGUUCUAUUCGUUGGAAAGUUUAGAGACAUUAUGACAUUCCUUUGUGUGCCGUAAUGUCCUCCUUAACGAGUCUUACAAACUCUCUCAAGCAGGUUUACCUUGAGAGUUAUAUCUAGAGAAAGUUUCAGCUCAAAAGUAAAGACAGCAAACUUUUCUUCUAAGAAUGAAGCUUCUCUUAGAACUGGUUCCUAAGCCCACCAAAUUGCUCUUCGAGUAAGCAAUGGGUAAACAAGAUGAUGGUUAAUUAGUGUGAGCAAGUUUUACACUCUAAUGUACGAGAAAUCUGGAGAUUGCAGGUAUUCGACCCAAGCAUCUUGAUGCAGAAGGAACAGCAUAAAUCAAAUAUUGUCUGAACAGAAACUGAGUCGAGAUCUUCGCUUGAAAAGGACCAUACGUUUGCAAGUGCACAAGGAGGCUCUGGGUUGCUCACAUAUUGAGGCCAGAUAUGAAAGCCCAAGAUAAUCGGUAGAAGUGCGGAAGGUCUUAUAGUCAGCCAGGCUUCGGCCUACGUUAAUAUUUAUCCUGGCUGCUACACCUCCGACAUAUCAACAUCAUUUGCAUACCGUAACGCAGAAAAUUGAUGUUCCGAAAAAGAGAACAUAUCUAGAAGAAAGCUCAAAGCCUUCAACAACUUUUCUGGAGCAUUUCGACAUAUUCACGAUGCGCGAGGCGUUUUAGCCAGUAGAGACAGCUUCCCACAAUUGUCCACAGCUGACGUAGAACGAUGUACCGGAGGACGAUUUCACCAUUGAGGGUAGAUCUUAAGCUCAAAAUGGUUUCGGGAAACGCCUAAGCAUAUUACCUCGAUCAAUACCAGCUGGGCAAAAGACGAAAUAUCAGGUUUUUCUCUUUAUGUCGAAAACAGUUGUGAUGAGUGA